CCCGGCAGCCUCCUGUGUCCUGUUACUGCUGAGGCAGACCUGCCGGGCCAGCCGAGCAACUUUCCUCCUGAGUGUCGGCCGCUGGCUGGCUGGAGUCUAGGCGCUGACCAGGCAGAGGCAGAGCUGCAGCCCGCGGGGGACCGUGCGCUGCCCUGCUGAGGGGUCUGCGCCCCUCGUGGAUGGCUCUGGAGUUGCUGCCGAGGCCGAGCCAUCCCUCUGCUGUGUGGACUGUAGGAUCGCUGCAGAGGCUGCUCGGGCCGGGGCCGGGGCUGGGGCCGGGGCCAGGGGAGCCCACACUGGAGCCCCAUGUGGAGCCCACAGACACGGCCGCCCUGCUGAGAGCACGGCGGCCCGCCCUUCGAGACAGUGACCUCGCGGCAGUGGCCCUCGGCCCUCCACCUCCGGCGGGGGCGGGGGCCGCCCACCUCCAAGUCCCCAGCCAUGACCACCUCGGCGCUGCGGCGCCAGGUGAAGAACAUCAUGCGCAACUACUCGGAGGCGGAGAUCAAGGUGCGAGAGGCCACCAGCAAUGACCCCUGGGGCCCGCCCAGCUCGCUCAUGGCGGAGAUCGCAGACCUGACCUUCAACACGGUGGCCUUCGCGGAGGUCAUGGGCAUGCUGUGGCGGCGGCUGAACGACAGCGGCAAGAACUGGCGGCACGUGUACAAGGCGCUCACGCUGCUGGACUACCUGCUCAAGACGGGCUCGGAGCGCGUGGCCCACCAGUGCCGCGAGAACCUCUACACCAUCCAGACGCUGAAGGACUUCCAGUACAUCGACCGCGACGGCAAGGACCAGGGCGUCAACGUGCGCGAGAAGGUCAAGCAGGUCAUGGCCCUGCUCAGGGACGAGGAGCGGCUGCGGCAGGAGCGCACGCAUGCCCUCAAGACCAAGGAGCGCAUGGCGCUGGAAGGCGCGGGCAUCGGCAGCGGGCAGCUGGGCUUCCCGCGGGGCUCCCCCUCCUCCUACCACUCUGCCUCCUCAUCCCCCCGCUACGCCUCAGACCUGGAGCAGGCCCGGCCCCAGACAUCGGGAGAAGAGGAGCUGCAGCUGCAGCUGGCGCUGGCCAUGAGCCGUGAGGAGGCUGAGAAGCCAGUCCCCCCAGCCUCCCACAGGGACGAGGACCUGCAGUUGCAGCUGGCCCUGCGCCUCAGCCAGCAGGAGCACGAGAAGGAGGUGAGGUCCUGGCGAGGAGAGGACUCCCCCGUGGCCAACGGUCCAGGGGCUGCUGCCCGCCGUUGGAAGGACAGAGAGCCAGGGAGAGAGGAGAGAAAGGAGGAAGAGAAGCUGAAAAACAGCCAGUCCUCCAUCCUGGACUUGGCUGACAUCUUCGUACCUGCCCCCGCACCUUCCUCCACACACUGCUCUGCUGACCCGUGGGACAUUCCUGGUGGGCACGCAGGUCUCAGGCCAAGCACGGAGCCCAGCGGCUCUUCCUGGGGACCUUCUGCAGAUCCCUGGUCUCCAGUCCCAUCGGGAAAUGUUCUGUCCCGAAGCCAGCCUUGGGACCUGCUUCCUACACUCUCCUCCUCAGAGCCCUGGGGCAGGACCCCAGUGCUGCCUGCCGGACCCCCUGCCACGGACCCCUGGGCACCACACUCUCCCCACCACAAACUUGCCAGCACCGGGGCUGACCCCUGGGGGCCUUCCAAGGACACACCUGCUGGAGGAGGUGUCUCAACCUUCGACCCCUUUGCCAAAACCCCAGAACCCACAGAGACCAAGGCAGAGCUGCAGGGUGCCCAGGCCGUGCCCUCUGGGAAGCCGGGAAGCCCCGUGGAUCUAGACCUGUUCGGAGAGCCCGGCCCCAGUUCCAAGCAGAAUGGCACACAGGAGCCUGACGCCUUUGGUCUGGGGGCCCUGGGGGAGGCGCUGUCUCCUGCGCCCCCCAGUAAGGAGGUCCCUGCCCGUCGCACCCCAGAGUCCUUCCUGGGCCCCUCAGCCUCCUCCCUGGUCAACCUUGAUUCGCUGGUCAGGGUGCCGCAAGCUGCACACACCCGGAACCCCUUCCUGACAGGUCUCAGCGCUCCCUCCUCCACCAACCCCUUUGGUGCGGGCGAGCAGGUCGCACCCACCCUGAACCAGAUGCGCACGGGGUCACCUGUGCCCAUUGCGCCCAUCGGGCCGCCCCUGGGCUCCAUGACCUACAGCGCCUCCCUGCCCCUUCCGCUCAGCAGCGUCCCGGUCGGCAGGACCCUCCCCGUCUCGGCCAGUGCCUUCCCUCAGGCCAGUGUCUUCACCCCACUGGCCCCCGGCCUGCCACCGCCGCUGCUGCCCAUGUCCAGCUCGGCUGGGCCGCUGGACGCGUCCUCGCAGGCGGGCACCAACCCCUUCCUCUGAUCGCCUGCACCGGACGGCGCGUGAGGCCCCGCCCCCCACGGGCCUGGGCGGGGCGCUUGUGCAGCUUGAGCGCUGAUUGGGCCUCCGUGGACUGCUGACAGCUCGCGAAGCGGGAGAUGGACCACUGCGUGGGGAGCCGAGACCACACCCCCACAAUAAAGACUGGAACCCAGGCCCUCA